CUCGUCCUCCUUCCCCUCCCCUCCGCGCUCUCUUUCCCCGGCGGCGCUGAGGUGCGGGGCCGCGGGAGCCGCCGCCGAUCCUCGCUGCCAUGGCCGCGGUGACGAGGGGCACGGCGACGCGCCGCAGCCGGCUGAAGCGCUCCGACGGCAGCACCACGUCCACCAGCUUCAUCCUGCGGCAGGGCUCAGCAGACUCGUACACAAGCAGACCCUCAGACUCUGAUGUGUCUUUGGAAGAAGAUAGGGAAGCAAUCCGCCAGGAAAGAGAACAGCAAGCAGCUAUACAACUUGAAAGGGCGAAGUCCAAACCAGUAGCAUUUGCUGUUAAGACUAAUGUGAGUUACUGCGGUGCUCUGGACGAAGAUGUUCCUGUCCCAAGCACUGCCAUCUCUUUUGAUGCCAAGGACUUCCUACACAUUAAAGAGAAAUAUAAUAAUGACUGGUGGAUAGGAAGGCUGGUUAAGGAGGGCUGUGAGAUUGGCUUUAUUCCAAGCCCGCUUAGACUGGAGAAUAUCCGCAUUCAGCAGGAGCAGAAAAGAGGACGUUUCCAUGGAGGGAAAUCGAGUGGAAAUUCUUCCUCAAGUCUUGGAGAAAUGGUUUCUGGCACAUUUCGAGCCACGCCCACUUCCACGGCAAAACAGAAACAAAAAGUGACAGAACAUGUUCCCCCGUAUGACGUAGUCCUCAUGAGGCCUGUCGUCUUAGUAGGUCCGUCACUGAAAGGUUACGAGGUGACUGACAUGAUGCAGAAAGCUCUCUUUGACUUCCUGAAGCACAGGUUUGAUGGGAGGAUAUCAAUAACGAGAGUGACGGCCGAUAUUUCUCUUUCUAAGAGGUCUGUUCUAAACAAUCCGAGCAAGAGGGCAAUAAUUGAGCGGUCAAACACGAGAUCCAGUUUAGCUGAAGUACAGAGUGAAAUUGAAAGAAUCUUUGAGCUGGCGAGGUCUUUACCUGUUGUCCUAGAUGCAGACACUAUGCAAUCACCCUGCACAACUAUCAAGACAUCUUUAGCACCAAUUAUGGUCCAUGUUAUGUCUUCUCCAAAGGUUUUGCAGCGACUGAUUAAAUCUAGAGGAAAGUCACAAAGUAAACACUUGAAUGUCAGUUUGGUGGCAGCUGAUAAACUUGCACAAUGCCCACCAGAGAUGUUUGAUGUAAUUUUGGAUGAAAAUCAGCUCGAAGACGCUUGCGAACACUUGGCAGAAUAUCUUGAGGCAUACUGGCGUGCUACUCACACCACCAGUAGCACACCCAUGACUCCUCUUCUUGGGCGAAAUUUAGGAUCCACUGCACUUUCACCAUAUCCUGCUGCAAUCUCUGGACUACAGAGCCAGCGUAUGAGGCACAGCAGCCAUUCUGCAGAGAACUCUCCCAUUGAGCGACGAAGUCUAAUGACCUCAGAUGAAAAUUAUCACAAUGAAAGGGCUCGGAAGAGCAGGAACCGCUUGUCUUCCAGUUCCCAACACAGCCGAGAUCACUAUCCUCUAGUGGAAGAAGAGUACUCUGACUCAUACCAGGACACUUACAAACCCCAUAGGAACCGAGGAUCCCCUGGAGGAUAUAGCCAUGAUUCACGACAUAGGCUUUGAGUUCAAGAACCCGGGGAAAAAUAGUAUUCAUCAGUUGAUAACUUGCCAUAACGUAGCUAGGAAAAACAAUUCAUCUUAAUUUGGCAGAUGUAAUGCGGUCAUACUGAGGUUACAAUCUGCUGACAUUUGAUGUUAAGUAGGGGACAAAAAAGUUACCAUGCCCUUACGUUUAUGCCCGAUCAUAUAGGUUGUAUUUGGGUUUUGUUUUUUUAGUACAGCAUUUACAUUUAUAGCCAUACCUUUUCUUGUCAUUAGAUAUUAGGCACAUCAGUUUGUAAUUUAGGAUACUUAUCAAGGCACUUAUAAAAUAAUUUCCUGUGCUGGAAAUUCCAAAUGACCAGUUCCAGUUGGAACCAAUUUAUAAGCCAAUUCCUGUUGGAAUUCGGGUGAAUUGACUGGAAAGUCGACUUGAGCAUGUUGCAAUCAAUUGAAAAAAAUAAACAUGAAAAAUCUGAAAAUUACAAACCACUAGGAGCUGGAAAGUCAGCUACAGUAUUUGUUUGCUGGAAGCUCAAUUUACAUAUAGAGUUAGAAUAAAAGUAUUUUAUUCUAGAAUAAAAGUAUUUUAUUCUAACUACUUACUUCCAGAAUGGCUUUUUCAGACAAACCAAACGUAAACUAUUGAGAGUGCCAAAUAUCACAAAUUAUUGCAGCAGUUACAAAAUACUUUCCAGUUUUAAAUUAUUUUUUGACCUGGCAUGAGUGUUGCAGCAAAAUGAUUUCUUUAGUUUAGCCAGUACUGGCAUUUGUGUUGCGGUCAGCAAAGAUGAACUAUGACAGGAUAAAGGGAAAUAGGAAAAAGAACAAACUUAGGAAUGGUUUGUAUGGUUAGAGGUUGAGAAUAGGUUUUUUUUUUUUUUUCUCUAGCUUACCUGAAUACAGCUAGUAGUCCCAAAAUGGAACAUCAGUGGAUAGAUAAGUAAUAUUUUUUCUCCCAUUUUUAGUAUUCUGCCUUUUUAAAUGGAAAACAAUACACUUUUCUUACCCCAGUAUGUAGACUACCCACAUUCCAGUACAUUUGAGUACCUGUUUAUUACAUCUUUCAAAAUCCAUCUUUGAAUGUCUGAAAAUUCCAGCAUUGCACAAGAAUUCUCCAGAAGAACAUCAGUUUAAAUUUCAGUAGUGAAAUCUGAGGGAAGGGGGCGGGGUUAAACACUCAUAAAUUAUCAAAAGUUAAAAUAGGAUAUUGGUCAGAAUUAGCUUGCAAUAAAAAUGGAGUAUCGGAAAAAAAAUCUGCUCACAUAAAGUUGUAGAGCUGAUGUUUUUAAUUCAAAGAACCAUGAUAAAUCUUUCGAGAUACUGCUGCCUUACUUCUUAAUGAUCACUUCUUCUCACCUACUGAGUCUUCAUUUCUUUUUAAAUAGAUAAACUUACGUGAUUAGACCUUAUGUCUUACAUUAUCAGUGAAGCCUUAGAUCCAAUAUGAUGGAAAAAGUUACCGUAACUGACAAUUUUGUACAACACACUAAUGUCUUUAAGCAGAGACUCCUAAAGCUCCACACUGCAUGCAUUUUCUAAAAUUGACAGAACUAUGCUGAACAUGCAUUUUUUAUGCAGGUUCAUGUCAAAACUAUUUUUGCAAAAAAUGAGGAUCAUUGACUUUUGUAUCCGCUUAUUUUCUUCCCAAAAGCGGGCUUUAAAAGCAUGUAGCACUAACUGAACUUCCUGGGUACUACAGUUUACUCUACUUUCUGGACCAGUUAACAAAGAUCACUGGUAUUUUCCACCACCAUUGAGUCUGGUUAUCUUCUUGUUGUUAACAACAAGAAAAGUAAUUCAUCUCAUAUCUGGUAUAGCCAAAAAUGAUGUACAUCUCUAGCAGCAUUAAAAAAUCGUGGAUGCAUGAUUAGUUUUUUAAACAAUUCUUCUGCCUAAAAGGCAUCCUUAAACAUUACUAGAUGAUUCAAAUGGGCCAGUUACCAAGAAGAAAAUUAGAAUACCUGCAUCCAUUGGAGUAAUAGAGUUAAGAAUGGACACGACAGACCUGAUCCCGUUUGAUUUUCUCCAGCUGAAUGCCUGCAGAUUCCAAAAGCGCAUUUAGGUUGAGAAAGUACCAUGAGAUCUGGUCUGGGAAUGGUAGCUUCAGCUGCCUUCUCUAAUAUUUUCUGCUAUAGCACAGUGGAGCAUUCUCCAGUAAUUUUUACAAAUCUUUAUUACAUGUACAGCACACAUACCUGCAUGAGAAAGAAGGCAUUAGGCAAAACAUUUUUUCUAUAAGCUUUAAUAAGUUUCUUGUUUGUGUGCAUUGAAGUAUUAAUUGCAAAGGAUGCACUGAGAUGUAUAAAGCUAGAUUAGACAGCUGUUUAUCUUUAUUCUGUAGUAGCAUUAGGGAUCAGAUCAUUUAAUUGCUUGAAGAUAUUUGCAUUUUAAUGGCAGGUAGCUGCAGAGUACCUACAUAUAUUUUUUAGUAAACAAGGUUACUGCUUUAUCAUUUCCUAGACAAAAAUGGCAUUUAUUUCUAGAGCCUUUUGGAGCCUUGUUUUUAAGUCUUCCAUGUCACGCUAGUAAAGAGAAAGAUCUACACAACACAUAUGCAUAAAUUCCAUCACCUGCAGCAUCUGAAGUGCCAAAACUACUUUCUUUGUUCUAAUAAAUCAAUCUUGUGAGGGAACUCAUGUAUUGUUUUGAAGGAACCUAUCGAGUUCCUUUAUUAUAUGGGUUUAAGUUUACUUUACUAUUGUAUGUAAUUAGUUUACCCUCUUCUCUCCCACUGUCCAUUCCAUUUUAAUAUAAGAAUUCAAUUAUAAAAGAUCCAGCAGAUCUCAUUGCUUGGUGGUUUUUUUAUUCUUUGAAGAUAGAUAUAUCUUUAAGUACAAAUAUACUGAACAUGCUAAUAGAUUAUUAAUUUAUUCUAGAUACGAGCUACUGGAACUCUUUCAUUUUUAAAAAUAAAUUAUUUUUAGGAAACACAGUAAUCAGUAACAGCUGCAAUGUUGAUCAGGACAUGUUAACUCAUAGUAUUUGUAUUAGAACUUCAGCAAUGCUAGCCAGCUGUAUUGUGAUUUAUUAUGCAAUGGCGCUAUAUAAAAUUGUGAAGUUCAUGUAUUCCUCAAUGAAUACGAGUACGACUAAUUUUCCAGUCCUCAUACCAUUUCUCUUGCUAUUAAAAUAUUAUUACAGUAAAGAUCAGAGUUCUGGUCCUAAGCUCUGGCUUAUACAGAGAAUUUUAGAAAUGUUUAUACUUUUUUUUUUUUGGUUACCUGUUUUUUUCGUUAGGACACUUUUGGAUUAAUGAUAGUUUACCCAAUAAAAGUGAUACGGCAGUAUUAAGAUCUAAAGACAAUAUAUGUCAGUGCAUUCAUGUGCUUGUGAAUGAAUUAGCAAAGUAUUUUAAAAAUCUUGAAGCCACUUUAAAGACAAUUCAUUGUUAAAUUCUUAAUUUAAAAUAUUUCCUUUCUGGCGAGUUGUAUUUAACAGAUGUACAGGUUCUUAUACUAGCUACAUGGCCGAGCAGUUAUCCUAUGGGAUGUGCACCUCACAACUGACAGUGUUUUCUCAGUGAGUAUAUUAUGAAAUUGCUGUUUAAAAGGGAAGACAAAGCCGUUCUAUAUCAAAUUUUAGUUUAUAAGUAGUAGGCCAAAUUCUGUGAUCAUUUUCUAAACGUGUUGGGCUGGUAAAAAUCAGUUGAGCACCGCUAGUGCAGCGUGGCCCUACGCCUAGAUUUUACUCUGAAAAAUCAUCUUACCGUGGAAAUUAGGUGGCGCCCCAGAUUCUGUACUUGAUAAGCAAGAGGAGUUCCUGAAGCACGCCCCGUGUCUCUUGCUAGUCACACCACUUCUCGUUGUUGAGCCUGCUUCUGGUACCGCGUGUUUCUGGCUGGCUCUGACGGACCCAGGCACGGGAGCGGGCGUGGGGUGGAGGGCGCUCGGUGGCUCCAGCAGGGCAGCUGCCAGCGGUCAUUUGCAGAGCGUUACUGGUGGUUUCUGCGGAUAGAAGAACAUUUUACUGUUUUUUUUUUCUCCAUGUUUGAAAACUUCUUCUGAAGUUGGUAUUUGGGGGUUUAACCUGCUGUGUCCCUUGCUUCUAACAUGUUGUUUAACACAUACUUGUGGAGUGAAAACUACAAAAAGGAGGACAGGUAGCUGUAGGAACAAGAAAAUGAUGGUAGUUACUGUAGAUGUGCAUAGACCCUUAAGCUGCAGUUCAGUUUGACUGCAAGUCUUCUGAAUUCAGUUUGGUCUCAGUGCUGUAGACUCCUCUGAAAUCUCCCCAAAUCUCUUUACCACUAUCACUCUACCAUUCUCAAUAUAAUAUUGAUAAUAUUAUUACCUUAGAGCAUACUAAUUUGAGUAAAUUAGGGCUUUCAUUAGUCACGUUUGCUUUAGGAAUAUAUUAAAUGUGUCCUCUGAUAUAUUUUGUUUUCCAGGCUCAGUGCUUUUAAGCCUGCCCUUGAUUCCACGGUCUUCACGUUUUUAAAGAAAAAAAUAAUCGAGAGACCAUGAAGGAAAAAAAUCAAAAUCAAAACCAGAUGCAUGUUGUGUAAAAUGCCAUUUAUACAAAUCUAUUUUCUCUUCUAAAAGUCAUUACUUUAAAAUUAGGUCAUACACCCCAGUUGGUGUUAAAGCGGGUUUAGAUACCUGGCAUUCUGCUGUCGUGUCUUUUGAUGCAGUUACCUCCCAUUCCUUCAAUCCUUACUUCUCCAAAGAGUAACAGGACUGCAAGGUACUGUAACGUAGCCAACUUUAGCUUUGGGGAAAUGAAAUUACCGCUAUCAUUAAAAUGAGGCCAAAAGAGAGUAUAUUAUUUGAAGAGCAGUUAUUUGAAUAACCUUUGUUAGAUUGUUAUUCGAGUGCAAUUUAUUUUAUAUAGAAAAAUAAAGGGACAUUUUAAUAAUGUUCUGAAAGGAAUUAGCCUGGAAAAGAGCUGAGGAUUCUACGUAGUGUCAAAACUUUUGUUAAGCUGGAGACAAAGGUUUUCUCCCUGACAUGGAACCCAUUUAAGAAGUCCAGAGAAACAGUCUGCUCGAAUCCAUACACAAAACUGGGGAGAAGGUAGAAAUUAUUUUGAGGCAGUAAUAAGAGUGUGUCAUUCCUUUUAUGAUUCAUAGCUAAUUUCUCUGAAUGUGGUGAGGCGGGGAGUAGCACUGGCUUAGUCUCAGUGAUGUUUCUAGACUUGCCUUUUCCCCUCAGACUUCUUGGCAGUGAGGGACUGUCUGGACUAGGUCCUGCAAACACCUGCUGCUGACACCGCGUUUCUAACUGCCUUGUCCGAGAGUCAGUAUUUGCAAGUCCGACCGUAAAUGUCACAUACCACAGAUCACAUGGCUUACAAAUAUUUCCUGAAAAACAAAAUAGAGUAAACUUGAUGCCAGAGUCCCCUUUGAUAUUACUUCUACUCUGUAUAAGCAGUAGAAAAUCAAUAUAGUGAGAAAAUAUAUUGUACAGUACAGAAUAGUAUAUUUUGCCAAUGAUGUAAAAACAGAGCAAGGGAAAAGAAGCACAUUUGUAAUAGCACAAAUUUACAAUUAGUCCACUAUUGCAUUUGGCAUUGUAUUUUUGAAAAAAUAGGUAGAUAUUUUGAUCCAGCAUUAAUGGAUUUAUUGCAUUUUCAGUCGGUUUAACUCGUUGCCUGAUACUUCAGCAGUUUAUUUCUAAGGCCUUGCAUUUUGCAUAUGUGACUUGAUUUUUCACUAACUUCUAUUCCCUCCAUAGUAAUUAACGAAGAAAGAACCUUUUAAAAUUACAAAGUCCACUGCCUUCAUUUCUGCCGAUUUCCUCCUCCAAACUGAAAUUCCAUGCACAUAAGCAAGCUUCUAAUUACGGCCAACCAACGUAUAGCUCGUGGCAGAUGACUGCUGGCUGUACCCAAGGUCCGGAACGAAGCGCUCCCGGUGCCCGACUUGGGGCCGUAACGCUACCAGCCACCGUGUGCGGGGCCGGGAGGUGCGGGAGAGAAGAAGGGCCCACCCGGAGCGCUGGGACACUGCUGAGCAUUUAAAACCGAAAGGAAAGCAAGCUUAAGGAACGCGUGCUCGGGCCCAAGGUGUGUUGACAUUGGUGGCAGGCCUGGCUCUCCUCCCAUGCAGGCAAAGUCAGUGAGGUUGCACAGGAGCAGCACAGGGAGAGAAUCGGGCGGUGCGAUCGUGUGUACGCAUGAGGAAUAGAGGGCUACAGAAAGAAGAUGGAAACAACCAUUCAAACUUCAAACCGUGGGCCUUGGGCUUCUCAGCUCCCAGCAGAUCUGUUCGUCACUGCGCCUGGUUCCCAGGGAUGGCUUGGCCGUGCUGCCGCAGCUUCGCCGGGAGCCAGGUCAGAGUCACCGUGGUAAAGACAUCACUGCCUCUGCCG